AUUCGUCAUACCGGGAUAUGGCGUAGGGAAAAUAGUUUUUAUAGGCGCUUCGUACCCUUCGUGGAUAUUACAUCACCCUCACGCCGUUACAACAUUGCGUUUAUAAAAUUAUACUAAGUUGUACAACUUUGAGUCGUGCUCAAGUAAUAGCCUAUACUACCUUUUCGUGGUACACGGUUCUAAGUUGGACGUAACUUUUGAGCAAUUGUUGAGCACAUUUUCAUUUGAAGACAUGUUUCCCGAGGCUGCCUCAGAGUCUGGUUAUGAGGAGUGUGCUGCCACAGCUGAAUGGCUGCUCGCCCAGUCCAAGGUGCGCCCCCAGGUGGGCAUCGUGUGUGGCUCUGGCCUCGGAGGCUUGGCUGACAUGCUGAAAGACCGGGUGGAGUUUAACUACUCUGACAUUCCAAACUUCCCUAAGAGCACAGUGCAUGGUCAUGCUGGUAGACUGGUAUUUGGGACCCUAAAAGGGAAGCCAUGUGUGUGCAUGCAAGGACGCUUUCACCUCUAUGAGGGCUAUCCCAUCCAGAAGAUCACAAUGCCCAUGCGAAUCUUCAAGCUACUGGGGGUGGACACAGUGAUCCUGACCAACGCGGCGGGGGGUCUCAACCAGGACUACAAGGUGGGAGACAUCAUGAUUAUGAAGGACCACAUCAACAUGCCUGGCUUUGCGGGGAUCAAUCCCCUGGCUGGACCCAACGAUGACAAGUUCGGUGUCCGUUUCCCCUGCAUGUCUGACGCCUAUGAUCGGAAACUGGUGCAGGUGGCACUGGAAGUGGGGAAGGAGCUUGGCUACAGCCACUUCCUGCGUGAGGGAGUGUACUGUGUUGUGGGCGGUCCCUCUUUCGAGACCAUUGCUGAGUGUCGCAUGCUGCACAGACUAGGAGCCGAUGCUGUGGGGAUGAGCACGGUGCACGAGGUGAUCGUGGCACGGCACUGCGGGAUGAAGGUCUUCGCUCUGUCUCUGAUAACCAAUGAGGCGGUGAUGGACUACGACAGCCAGGAGAAGGCCAAUCACGAGGAGGUCCUGGAGGCGGGCAGGCUGAGGGCGGACGCGCUGCAGAAGCUGGUAUCAACAUUGGUCAACCGCAUCAAGCACAGCGGCAACUACGCAUGACUUAGCAUCACGACUGGCUUAUCCUGUUGUCCUAUUGACCCUGUGGCUCACCUGAGUAGUACUUAACUACUACUGCUGUGUGUGUGGGCUCUGUGUGUGUGAGAACGGGCUUGCUUGGGCAAAGGUAGUUCUACAGCUCAGCCUGAUCUUGGGAACUGUGUUUUGGUUUUUCUGUACCUUAAGUUUACAUUCUUCUAGGUAGCUUUUAACUCAUUUUUGCACCUGACAUUUAUGAAAAUAUAUGGUUCUAGAAUGCUGUAAUGACUAUUGCACGUAUAUGCAGACUGACAAGACAUUGUAUAGCAGUAAUGUGUUGUGUUAAGUUAAAGAAACCUGAAUUGAUUGAAAGUUUAAAAAAGGGAAUUAUAACCCUGUAUUGUAUAGAAAUCCUUGUACAGUAAGUACAUUCUGGGACAUGAUUGACUUGAAGGAUUAUUGGCAAGGACCAAAAUUAUAGUUUAUUAAUUUAAUAUAACUAAAUGUACAUGUAACAAUAUUCUGGUGUGUAACAGUUAAAAAUGUAAUAUUUAAAAUAUAUUUAUAACAUUUAUUUAUGUACUUGCAUUUGAUACAAAUGUGUAUAAGUCUACACAGAAAGGUUACUUAAAAUGUUAGUUUGGGUGGUUUGUACAAGUGCGGCUGUCAUUAACUAUUAAAAACUUACAAUGAAAGCUAA